AUGGGACCUGUUCGUAGGAGUAAGCGACCUCCACCAGAUGGAUGGGAAAUGAUUGAGCCGACCAUAGAUGAGCUCAACCGAAAAAUGCGAGAAGCAGAAACUGAUCCGCACGAAGGGAAGCGUAAGGUUGAGGCGGAAUGGCCCAUAUUUCGUAUUCACCAUAAACGAUCAAGAUAUAUAUAUGACUUGUAUUAUAAGCGAAAAGUCAUAUCGAAGGAUCUGUAUAAUUACUGUCUGAAGGAGAAGAUCGCAGAUGGCAACUUGAUAGCGAAAUGGAAGAAACAAGGGUAUGAGAACUUGUGCUGUCUGCGUUGUAUCCAAGCCAGGGACACGAACUUUGGCACAAAUUGUGUUUGCAGAGUUCCAAAAUCGAAAUUGGAAGAAGGAAAAGUAGUGGAGUGCCAGAACUGCGGAUGUCGUGGUUGUUCAGGUUGA